AUGCAUUUACGUACAAUUCGGCAGAUCUCCAGUAGACGUUGGAUUUCACUUAACGCAAACAAACGACCUCCUUCAACAUUUAAUCCCCGAUUCAAAUCUCCAUUCUUCCGACCUCCAGUGGAUCUAAAGCAAAGACGUUCAAUCAUGAAUGGUAAAGACAGACAACAAGAACUGAGUCAGACCCUGGGUCAAGAACUGAGUCAAACUCUGGGUAUAGAACAAAGACUGGCUCAGAACUUGACUCCGAGUCAUUCGCUGACUCUGUCCCACUCUCAUAGCCAUACUGACACUCAUGACCAUCCCCAUGGGAUCGGAAGCUUACUCGGCCACAGCCAUUCUCAUGGACACGUCCAUACAAACGACCUCUUGAAGGAAACAACAAACAACAUGGCCACUUCUACGGCCACAGGCUCGUUCUUAUCCAAUCCGGCAGCUAGAAUCACCUGGAUUGGUCUUGCGGUUAACUUAGUGUUGGCUAUUUCAAAAGGUGUGGGUGGUAUCUACUUUAAAUCUCAAGCUUUGGUGGCGGAUGCUCUUCAUUCUCUUUCCGAUUUAGUUUCUGACUUCUUAACGUUGGCUACAGUCAAUAUGCUGGCUAAAGUAGGUACUCCGGAUCAUUUCCCAAUGGGUUACGGUAAAAUUGAAACCGUAGGGUCCAUAUUGAUCUGUAUGACUCUUUUAUUCGCUGGAAUAUCUGUCGGAUGGUCAUCGCUUUUGAACUUGUUAGAGUUUGUCAUUCCUCCCAAUGUCUAUGACAUCCUUUCAUCCGUCCAAUUGGGCCAUUCUCAUACCCAUUUACCUGGAAUGGAGGAUCCCCAUCAUAGUCAUAGUCAUAGUCAUACUGGCGGCACUCAGAAUCACGUGACCACGACCACAAUGCAACAAGUGCCAAAUAUUAAUGCUGCUUGGUUGGCUGGAGGUUCAAUCAUCGUUAAAGAAAUCUUAUACCACAAAACCAUGAAGGUCGCCUUGGCCACCAACUCUAAAGUGCUAGUAGCUAACGCAUGGCAUCACAGAGUUGACUCCCUCACAGCAGCCAUAGCACUUAUCUCCGUGGCUGGUGGAGUGAUGUUCAAUGUCGCAUGGUUGGACUCUGUAGGAGGCUUGGCGGUAUCAUUUUUGAUCGUUAAGGCCGGUACCGAUGCCUUCAAGUCAUCCUGGAACGAGAUCAUCGAUAAAGGUGAACCUAAAAACAGCGAGACGUACUAUAAAGUUGAAGAUAUCUUGACUGAUGUUAAACCCGCAGAUUUUGAUAUCUCCGAACUUUCUGUACUUAGCUCCGGUGCAAACAUUAAUGUGUUUGCUGAAUUAUCUACUGCAAACGAAUAUACCCUUAGUCAAUUGAAUGACAUUGAAGACAAGUUGGUGGCAGAGCUAAGAACUCACGAUAGCUUUGUUAGAAAGAUUGUUAUCUCUUUUAAACAGAAAGAAUUAUAA